AUUACAGUCUGUAACCACCUUCGUCUCCUUUUAAACUCAGCGCUAACUCCAUUUCUCAUCAUCUACUCGACACAUACGUAUUUUUUCUUCGUAUACGGUAUAAUUAUAAAUACUUUCAGUGAAGCUUUUGCAUGUGAAAAAGAUCGCCGAGAAUGGGGCUAUGUUUCUCCAGGAAGUCGGCCGUGAAGAAGCGGCCGUCGAAGCGUUUGACGAAUCAAUCCACGGCCGUAGGUGGCGGCGGAACCGGAAGCAACCGGUGGUCUAGGUUCCGGUCGUCGAAGAAGGACGAUUCGUUCGCUCAGGACCGAGCGUUGGCGGCCGCGAUUUUGUUCCAGCAACAGUUGCAAAAUGGUGGCCGUGUACCGUUUGAUCGUUCGACGUCGAUGCGGUAUUCGAACUGUAAGUCUAAGAAGAACCAAGCAUUGCCACGUAGCUCGAGUUCUAGGUCUCGCUCUCUUACUGAUCCUCUGCUUCAGCCUCACCAGCUUGUUAACAAGGAAUUAACCAUUGAUGAUUUAGAGACAAACCAUUUUGUCCUUGUCCAUGGUGGUGGAUUUGGAGCCUGGUGUUGGUAUAAAACCAUUGCACUUUUAGAGGAGGCUGGAUUUAAGGUGACUGCAGUGGAUUUAACUGGUUCAGGCAUUCAUUCUUUUGACACAAAUAACAUCACCAGCCUAUCGCAAUAUGCAAAGCCACUCACUGAUUUUCUUGAAAAGCUCGCUGAUGGAGAGAAGGUGAUUUUGGUGGGACAUGAUUUUGGUGGUGCAUGCAUAUCAUUCGCAAUGGAGCUCUAUCCCUCUAAAGUUUCAAAAGCGAUAUUUGUUGCUGCCACCAUGCUCAUUAGUGGACAAAGUGCCCUUGAUAUUUUCUCAGAUAAGACGAAUUCAAAUGAUCUUAUGAGACAGUCUCAAGUAUUUCUCUAUGCCAAUGGGAAUGAUAAACCACCAACUGCCAUUGAUCUGGACAAAUCACUCCUGAGGGACUUACUAUUCAACCAUAGUCCUGCUAAGGAUGUUGCUUUGGCUUCUGUCUCAAUGAGGCCAAUUCCAUUUUCCCCAGUUCUUGAGAAGCUUCCCCUGUCAAACAUCAAGUAUGGUUCCAUCAGACGGUUUUACGUAGAAACAACAGAAGAUAAUGCUAUACCAAUAGCUUUACAACAGAGCAUGAUUAACCAAAAUCCUCCGGAACGAGUUUUUCAUCUCAAGGGUGCUGAUCACUCACCUUUCUUCUCCAAGCCUCAAGCCCUACACAAGAUAUUGGUAGAAAUUUCAAGGAUUCCACCAAUCUGAAGUUAUUUCUCAGAAUCCUUCUAUGAAGCUAUACUAACAUGUUCCAAAACGGAUGCUCUCUCACCGAUCCAAGGAAAAAAAAGAAGAAAGAUUCAGGUGCUGUCGACACUUCUAUUGUAUCAGAGAUGUGCAGAGUAAACCCUCAUGUAUAUGUGCAACUUAUCCAGCUAAUUUAUUCUGUUUAGAUUAUUUAUGAUAGGCAGAAAUGAGAAUUGCCCACUGGAGCAAAAAUCUAGAAUCUGAGAGUUUUUAAAAUUUUAAAGAAGAUAUUUACCAAAAAAAAAUUUAAAGAAGAAGAAAUAAUUGAAAUAAACCGUUUUUGUUUUCACAUUUUUACUUCUCAUAUAGUAAGAUAUCCAUGGCACCAUAUUUUACUUGAUGCUGUAGCCUUUUAGAUCAAAACCAAUUAGGAAUUGGU